GAUACCCAAUUCUUAUCCUUCACCACCCCCCUCACUUUUAUUCUACAAACAAACACCCUUUGGCCCUUUCUCUCAACCCAACACCUUCCUGGUACAGGCACUAAAGCAUAAGGUACAACAACCAUGUCAUCAUCUAAAGUUUGGAGCAAAGAAGAAGAUAAGGCCUUUGAGAAUGCCAUUGCCACCCAUUGGAGUCAGGAUUCCAAAGAACAAUGGGAUACAAUUGCCUCACUUGUACCUACCAAAACCAUUCCAGAGUUGAAGCAACACUACCAAUUACUUGUUGAAGAUGUUGAUGACAUUGAAGGAGGCCUCAUUCCAAUUCCCAAGUAUCUUGGAGAGGAAUCAUCUUCUUCUUCUACCAACCCACAAGGUAGUGGAGGAGGAGGAUUAAACUCGAAUCGACGCUCGUCUUGUAAUUAUAGCAACGGGUUCUCCGGUUUUGGUCAUGAUUCGGCUGGCCAGAGCGGCGGAAAAGGGAAUUCCAGGGCGGAACAAGAACGCCGGAAAGGGAUUCCAUGGACAGAAGAAGAGCACAGGUUGUUUCUACUGGGAUUGGACAAGUUUGGUAAAGGAGAUUGGAGAAGCAUUUCAAGAAACUAUGUGAUUUCAAGAACACCAACACAAGUUGCAAGCCAUGCUCAAAAAUACUUUAUAAGAUUGAACUCCAUGAAUAGAGACCGACGGCGAACGAGUAUUCACGAUAUUACGAGUGUUAACAAUGGUGACGUGUCGUCCCACCAAAUCCCGAUCACAGGCCAGUCAGGUAGUACAAACCCAUCAACAGUUGGUGCACCCAUGAAACAUAGGCCCCACCAACCGAGUAUGCCGCCAGGUAUGGGUAUGUACGGAGCACCAAUGGGUCACCCGGUAGCCGCUGCACCCGGUCAUAUGCCAUCGGCAGUUGGAACGCCAGUGAUGAUGCCCCACAGCCACCAUCCACCAUAUGUUAUGCCGGUAGCGUACCCGAUGGCUCCACCACCAACAAUGCAUCAAUAAAACAUCAAAUCUUGAAAAGUUUAUUUUUUACCUUUAAUGAAAUAAUUCUCCUAGUCAUAGUGCUAGCUAGCAUUUGACAAUGAAUGCAGUGGAUCCAACUUAUGAGCUUUUCUUUCACAAAAAUAGGAUUGUGAAAGGUUCAUCAAGACAAAAAGGACCAAAAGCAGCUUUUGAAUGAUUAAUUUCUGUUGGUUAAAAUAAUUUUUACCAACUGUUGUACAUUUUUUCAAUCUCACAAAUCUUUCUCAUUUGCAAUAAUUUGUACCCAAAGAAAAUAAUGAAAAAAAAAUGAUUAAUUUCUAA